CACUCCAGACGCCCUACCGCCGCCGCCCUACCCCUCCAGGCCUUAGCACUCGGAUCGCGCCCGGCCAGUUCACCGUGACUUCUCCCCGGGACCAUGCUGCGCUGGCUGCGGGCUUUCGUGCUGCCCACCGUGGCCUGCCAGGACGCCGAGCCGCCCACGCGCUACGAGACGCUCUUCCGGGCGCUGGACCGCAAUGGGGACGGCGUGGUGGACAUUGGAGAGCUGCAGCAGGGGUUGCAGAGCCUGGGCAUCCCUCUGGGCCAGGACGCCGAGGAGAAAAUUUUCACCACUGGUGAUGUCAACAAAGAUGGGAAGCUGGAUUUUGAAGAAUUUAUGAAAUACCUGAAAGACCAUGAGAAGAAAAUGAAAUUGGCAUUUAAAAGUUUGGACAAGAAUAACGAUGGGAAAAUCGAGCCUUCUGAAAUUGUCCAGUCUCUCCAGAUGCUGGGUUUACAUAUUUCCGAAAAGCAAGCAGAGUUGAUUCUUCAAAGCAUUGACUCUGACGGGACGAUGACCGUGGACUGGAAUGAAUGGAGGGAUUACUUUUUAUUUAACCCUGUGACAGACAUUGAGGAAAUUAUCCGUUUCUGGAAACACUCUACUGGUAUUGACAUAGGGGAUAGUUUAACUAUUCCGGAUGAAUUCACAGAAGAUGAGAAAAAAUCAGGACAGUGGUGGAGGCAGCUCCUGGCAGGAGGCGUGGCGGGUGCGGUCUCUAGAACGAGCACCGCUCCUUUGGAUCGACUCAAGGUCAUGAUGCAGGUUCAUGGUUCCAAAUCAAUGAAUAUAUUUGGAGGCUUCCGGCAGAUGGUAAAGGAAGGAGGAAUCCGUUCCCUUUGGAGAGGAAAUGGCACUAAUGUCAUUAAGAUAGCUCCCGAAACAGCUGUGAAGUUUUGGGCUUAUGAACAGUACAAGAAGUUGCUUACCGAGGAAGGACAAAAAUUAGGCACCUUUGAGAGGUUUAUCUCUGGUUCCAUGGCUGGAGCAACUGCACAGACUUUUAUUUAUCCCAUGGAGGUUUUGAAAACCCGGCUAGCUGUAGCCAAAACUGGACAAUACUCUGGAAUAUAUGGUUGUGCCAAGAAGAUUUUGAAACACGAAGGCUUUGGCGCUUUUUACAAAGGCUACGUUCCCAAUUUACUAGGCAUUAUUCCCUACGCAGGCAUUGAUCUCGCAGUGUACGAGCUUUUGAAGUCUUAUUGGCUGGACAACUUUGCAAAAGACUCUGUUAACCCUGGCGUGGUGGUGCUGCUGGGCUGUGGAGCCCUGUCCAGCACCUGUGGGCAGCUGGCCAGCUACCCCCUGGCUUUGGUGAGGACUCGGAUGCAGGCACAAGCCACGGUAGAAGGAGCCCCGCAGCUGAGCAUGGUUGGCCUUUUUCAGCGAAUAGUCUCCAAAGAAGGAGUGUCAGGACUUUACAGAGGCAUCACCCCAAACUUCAUGAAAGUGCUCCCCGCUGUGGGCAUCAGCUAUGUGGUGUAUGAAAACAUGAAGCAGACGCUGGGAGUAGCUCAGAAGUGACCAAUCCAGGCCUUUGCUUUUCCCUGAUGACCAAGAUUGUCAGUGCUCUCCAGUGACUUCUGGGAUUGCAGCAAGUCCAUCACAAAAGAAGCUGUUCUCCCCGCUAAAAGGAAGAGUGUAGCCGUGAUCACUUCAAGCCUUUGGGUUUGGUUUUAUACCUUCAGUAAUGUUCUGAAUCAUGUUUCAGUAAGUGAAGAAACCACAAAAUUGUACUUUAUUUUUGCUGAUAGAGAUCUCUGCCCUGCACCCUAAAUCUGAAAAUGUACUGGCUUGAGCUGAAAUUAUUUUGUAUGGUAGGAUUAUAAAUCACUAACCCUUGUUUUGAUUUGUUCAAGCUCAUGUCAGUUUGUUUUUACCCAGAUUUUUAAAAAAUCCAAAAUGAUAAGAAAGCCUCAGGGCUUAAAUUGUUUUAUACAUUUUUUGGGAUGUCUUUACAGAUGUAAAAUUCCCUGACAGAGGCAUUAGUUAAAAAAAAAUCAUUGUAUUUAACAUCUACCUUGCACAGUUCAUCUCUUCAUCUGUAAGCAGAAUAGGAAUGAAUUAUAGAAGCCACAUUCAGUGGACGGGGGCCAUGAGGUAAUGGCACCCUCGUUUCCCUCUUACUGUUCAAGUCUUUGAACCUGUGCUUCUCAGAUGGAGUGGCGCAAGGUUAAGGCACCAGCACAUUUUAAUAGCAGCAUAUGUUCGUCUUACCUGUUUUAAUGAAAGACUCAAUCUGUAUACACAUGCAUCUACUUACUCACUUGCCUCAAGAUUUAGGAAGAUGACAGAAAGUUUUUAAUAUGUAAAAUCAUUUCAAUCUUUUAAAACUAAAGCAGAUUUUGUAGUCAAUUAUUUUUUAUGGUUUGUUUUAAAACUUAGAAAAAUCUUAUUUCUUCUAUAAGAUGUCCAACAGUCUUAGCCUGGCAGUAUUGGCACAUGUCUUUAGUCCCAGAACUCAGGAGGCAGAGGUGGGCAUAUUUGUGAGUUCCAGGCCAGCCUGGUCUACAGAGAGAGUUCCAGGGCAGCCAGGGCUACACAGAGAAACCCUGUCUCCAAAACAAAAACCAAACCAACCAAACAAAACAGAUAGUUUUAACAUUUUAAGAUUUAGUCUAUGUGCUCAUUUGGUUUUUUUGGCAAUUUCUGUUAUAGUUGCUUUCUGAAAAGUCUAGUGGAUGUCUUUGCCUUUAACCUACCUACCUCUUUUAUUUUUUGAACCAAAGAGAAAGAUGGCCUUGUGUUUAUGAAACUUAUUCUAAAACAUUCUAAGCUUGAUGUGUAUAACCGAUGCCUGCUAUUGUCUUGGUAUUUUUGUACUACGUAAGGAAAGAAAGGGACUCCACUUCCUCUUCAGGGUUAUUGUACUUUUGAUUAGUACAUAGAAUGACAAUAUUAAGGAACAUGAUUCACACCAUUUUUACACAUAACAAUUAUGGAAAUGCAUAUUUCUGUUAAUGUCUUUGGAAUUUUAAGUUGAUAACAACUAUGAAAGUAGCUAUACUUCAUUAUGAAAUUAAAGUGCCCCCAGUGAACAUAUGUAAGGUAUGACUGAUUUAUCCGUACAUCUUCUAUCUUUUUUGGGGAAAAAAAACCCUCCUAUUGAACACAGUUUAUUCUGAUAUUGCUACAUAGUUACUGCUCAUUUGUAUUAAAGAUAUUUGUCUGUUUUUAAAAUGAA